AUGGCUGCUCCCACAACCAAGACCAUCGCCGACCUCAAUGGCAAGUGGACCAUGAACAAAACCCUCUCUUCCGACGUCGGCCCCGGCCUCGCCCUGCAAGGAAUCAGCUGGAUGACGCGCAAGCUGGUCAACAUGGCCACCCUGACGCUGGAGGUCAAGCAGUUCGAGGGCCCGCCCUCGCCGGCGGAGCAGCCGACGGAGGGGGUCACGUCGUGCACGCACAUCGAAAUCGAGCAGACAGGCACGGCGGGCAUGAAGGGCUCGACCGAGAAGCGCUGCCUGGACUUUGCCUUCCGCGAGCACAAGGACUGGCUGUUUGGCCACGUGAAGGGCCAGACUAAGUUUGUGAAAGCGGAGGAGGUGACGGAUGCGUUUUUGAAGGAGGGGUGGUUGGAUGGCGAGGAGGAGAAGACCGGCCCCGAGGGGGCGCUGCAUGUGUUGAGCUAUGUGGAGAGUAUGACGGAUGGGUGGACGGCGACGCAGAUCUGGGGGUUCCAGAUUGUGGAGGGCGUGCGCCGCCAUGUGAGGCAUGUGGUGAUUGCGAAAGGGGCCGAGAGGGUGGAGCUGAAGCUGGUCUAUGACUACCUCGGCGAGUAA